GUCUCAACGUUUUCUGUUAACAAAACACUAGACCCACUGCUCACGAAGAGACUGUAGAGAGGCUCGGCGUCAAGGCCGCCACCAGGUUUGUUGAUACUGCCAGAGUCGCAGUUGACAGAGAAGCCGCCGAGAGAGGCGCCACCGCCGAGAGAGGCGCCACCGCCGCGAGGCCUGUCCGCUUAUUCUCUCUCACUGGUGGGAGGGAUUGCAUCGCGAGGCUGCGAGAGAAGCACAGCCGCGAGUUUUAAGUGAAGCGAGAUAGGAGUGAAAGAAAAAUAUCUGGAUUGCGAUUUUGACUACCAUGGCNAUUGAUAGAAUUUUUAAAGAUGAAGCCAUUGAAGAAAAAGGAGAGCGGGCCAGAAUGGCUUCUUUUGUUGGAGCCAUGGCUAUUGCUGACUUGGUGAAGACAACAUUAGGGCCAAAGGGAAUGGAUAAAAUUUUGCAGUCUACAGGUAGAGGACGUGAAGUUACUGUCACUAAUGAUGGGGCUACAAUCUUGAAGUCCCUCCAUAUUGAUAACCCAGCNGCUAAAGUCCUUGUCGACAUAUCAAAAGUACAAGAUGAUGAAGUUGGGGAUGGAACCACCUCUGUGGUUGUUUUAGCUGGUGAGCUUUUAAGGGAGGCAGAAAAGCUGGUUGCAGNCAAGAUUCAUCCAAUGACAAUAAUAUCAGGUUUCCGAAUGGCAGCAGAGUGUGCUCGAAAUGCUUUGUUAGAGAAGGUUGUGGACAACAAAGCUGAUUAUGAGAAAUUCAGGUCAGACUUACUGAACAUUGCAAUGACAACUUUGAGCUCCAAGAUUCUUUCACAGGACAAGGANCAUUUUGCAAAAUUAGCAGUGGAUGCUGUAAUGAGGCUAAAGGGAAGNACUAAUUUAGAAUCUAUCCAGAUUAUAAAGAAACCCGGAGGCUCACUGAAGGAUUCAUUCUUAGAUGAAGGAUUCAUUCUUGACAAGAAAAUCGGUAUUGGACAACCCAAACGGAUUGAGAAUGCAAAACUACUGGUGGCCAACACUGCCAUGGAUACAGACAAAGUGAAGAUAUACGGUGCACGCGUUCGUGUUGAUUCUAUGGCUAGAGUUGCUCAGAUCGAAACAGCUGAGAAAGAGAAAAUGAGAGAAAAGGUGCAGAAGAUAAUUGGUCAUGGUAUCAACUGUUUUGUUAAUAGGCAGUUGAUUUACAAUUUUCCAGAGGAGCUAUUUGCUGAUGCGGGGAUAUUGGCUAUUGAGCAUGCUGAUUUUGAUGGUAUUGAGCGUCUGGCUCUGGUAACNGGUGGUGAAAUUGCAUCAACCUUUGACAAUCCCGAGUCCGUUAAGCUUGGGCAUUGUGACCUUAUUGAGGAGAUUAUGAUUGGCGAGGAUAAACUGAUUCAUUUCUCUGGUGUUGCUAUGGGGCAGGCCUGUACAAUAGUUCUGAGAGGUGCUAGCCACCAUGUUCUUGAUGAGGCUGAGAGGUCAUUGCAUGAUGCCCUGUGUGUUCUAUCACAGACUGUAAAUGACAGCAGAGUGUUGCUUGGAGGUGGGUGGCCCGAGAUGGUGAUGGCAAAGGAAGUGGAUGCAUUGGCUAAGAAAACUCCUGGGAAGAGGUCUCUUGCUAUUGAGGCAUUCUCCCGUGCACUCUUGGCUAUCCCAACAAUCAUNGCUGAUAAUGCUGGUUUGGACAGUGCUGAGUUGAUUUCUCAGCUCCGUGCAGAGCAUCAGAAGGAGGGCUGUACUGCUGGAAUUGAUGUUAUUUCUGGUUCUGUUGGAGACAUGGNUGAACGGGGUAUAUGCGAAGCAUUNAAAGUCAAACAAGCNGUNUUGCUAUCUUCAACAGAGGCAGCUGAGAUGAUCCUCAGAGUUGACGAGAUCAUCACGUGUGCUCCAAGGAGAAGAGAAGAUAGAAUGUAAAAUAUGAAGGUACCUUGGCAUUCUGGUUUACCAUUAGUGAGUGCUGUGAUUUUGAUAUGGUUGGGAUUUGGAUGUGUUUGUUUUUCAAGACAGUGCAUGGCAUUACAACUUCUAAAAUUACAUUAAANAAAGGAUUUUAUUGCGUUCAAAGAUAAAUUUGAUAUUUCCAACCUCUUUAAA